AUGCAAUCACAAAUCAUCAUUUUCCUCCCACUUCUCUUCAUAACACUUCAAAUCCUUCUCAGGAUAAGCAAAUCCCUCAUAUCCCCUUUGAGAUCCAUCCCAGGACCCUUCUGGUCCCGCUUCAGCAGCCUCUGGUACUUCAACCGCCUGCGCCACGGCCAAUUCGAACACGAAAACAUCCAGCUCCACAAGCAAUACGGUUCCAUAGUCCGGCUCGCUCCUAACCAUUACAGUAUCAGCGAUGCAUCCUCUAUCAAAACAGUCUAUGGCACUGGAUCCAAGUUCGCUAAAUCGGCCUGGUACGAUGGCUGGAAACAUCCCGCGCAGUGGACCGUAUUUGCAGAUCGGGAUAUCAAGAGACAUGCCGGUACCAGGAAGCGAUUCACCAGCUUAUACUCAAUGAGCUCGUUAGUAACCUACGAGCCCUUCGUCGACCACUGCGCCGAUCUAUUCGCAUAUCGGCUAGACGAGUUCGCAGCAAACGGGCAAACGCUCAAUCUCGGCCACUGGUUCCAAUGCUAUGCAUUUGACGUAAUCGGCAACAUAACGUUCGGAGAGCGAUUUGGCUUCCUCGACCAAGGAUACGACAUCGACGGCGCCAUAACUGCCCUCCAGAAAAUCCUCAUCUAUAGCACUCUGGUUGGCGUUUACCCAGAGUGGCACCCGCGGCUCUUCGGCAUCCUCAGUAGGAUCAAAUCCUCCGGCGCCGGCGGCAGAGCAUACAUUAGCAAGUUCGUGCAAGACAAGAUCCGCGUACACGAGAAAACGGCUCGAGCGGGGACAACAGAGCCAAAGACGCAGAAUUUCCUCGAGAAGCUGAUGCUAGCGCGGGACAAGGAUCCCGAGAAAGUAACAGACUACCAUCUCUUCAUUAUGGGCCAGUCGAAUGUCGUCGCGGGAUCCGAUACGACGGCCAUCAGUCUUUCUUCUAUAAUUUGGCAUCUUGUGAAGUAUCCCGAUGCGUUGCGGAAGCUGCGUGGCGAGAUAGAUGAGUUCACUGCUGCGGGGCGGUGCGGUACCACACCGACUUUCAAGGAAACGCAGGAGAUGCCGUAUUUCCAGGCUGUUAUGAAGGAGGCGUUGCGCUUGCAUGCUGCUACGGGGUUGCCUAUGUGGAGGACUGUUCCUGAUGGCGGGGCGGAGAUUCAUGGGCGGUUCUUUCCGGCUGGGACGGUGGUUGGUGUUAAUACUUGGGUUGCACAUUAUGAUGAGAGAGUGUUUCCCGAUGCGGAGAGGUUCAGGCCGGAGAGGUGGUUGGAGGCUGAGGGUUCGCCUGAGAGAUUGAAGGAGAUGAAUCAGAUGUAUAUGCCGUUUGGUUUGGGGUCGAGAACUUGUCUUGGGAAACAUAUAUCUAUUCUUGAGAUGUCGAAGGUUAUUCCGCGGCUUGUGCAGGAAUUUGAUUUUGUGCCUUUGAGAAAGACUUGGAAAACGGAGAACUUCUGGUUUGUCAAGCCAUUGGAUUUUGAGGUCAGGGUACAGCGACGUAAAAGUCCAGCAGUCUGA